GACCUUUCUCUGGAAUGAUUUAACCAACAUGCAGCGGUUGACCACAACUCAGGCGUUCAUCUCUGUGGCAUGGGGUAAGAUCCAUUUACAGUUCAAAAACGCCUCGACUGGUGAGGCCAUGCGCGAAUUGUCUCUGAUUGUGCCGGCUCCUCCGCUUUGGCUUAUAUUACUCUGCGAUGCCGUCGUCUGUUUGCUGAUUGUCGUCGCAUUUCUGAUCUUAGUGUACAUGAAGUCAAGGCCUUUCUGCGUGGAACCAACGUCUCGCGAUCUCCAAGAAGCAGACAACUUCCAGCCCAGAAAAGGCAGUGUUGGAAGAGUGAUUUCGCAACCACGAAGCGCUCCAUCUGUAAAGCAAGGCUUCUCAUUCAAAGAUCACGGUGAUGACAUUGGCACGGACAUGUCUGAAGAGAAAGGUCCAAGCAAAAAAGAAGAGUCAAAGACAGCUGUACCAUUCAACGCAACAAUGGCAGCAAAAGUCGUCGAACCAGGGGUGCUCAGAACACAAGGCAGUACCAAUACUGAAAAUCUGUACGAGGUUGUUCGCUCCGAUGCAGCAGGGAAACCAAUGGUGGUCUCCCAAAGUUUGUACGCAUCAAACGUUGCACAGUCGCAAUACCUCUGAUUUGUUUAUCGUCGGAAAAAUAACGACAACAAAACUUUUAUCAAAUAAACAUGACUUCAUU